AUAUAUAUAUAGCAAGAUUUGAGUUACCGAAAUUAUGUAUAUAUUAUAACCAAAAUAUCUUUAAAAGUUUAUUAGAAGAUAUUAUAUCUCAUAGCUGAAUUAAAAUUUAUUAGAGGAUAUUCUAUCUCAUAGCUUCUCUUGAAAAACUAGGUCAUUUAGAAACUUAAACUAAUUUGCUAUAUAAAUAUUACGCCACCCCCAUUAGUUUCACGCAUCUAUCUUUUAAGCUUUCAUAUGUUUUUGAUCGUUAUAAUAUAAAUUCUACUUUUGUGAUCUUGCACAGGUGUAUGAUAAUCAAUAAGUAACUCAUAGACGGAAACACCAUUACUGGUAAUUUUAUGGGGGAUUCUUCUUCUCCGUUUAUUUUUGUUCUUUUCUCUCCAUUUUGUAUCUCUAUCUAUAUUUUUGCAUCAGUAGUGAUUCAACUAACAAAAAUAGGCUCUCUUUAUCCAGGAACUGAUCAUCCCUUUUGAAAAAGGUAAUUCUUUUUUUUUUAUAAAGUUAAAUCACUUAUCAAGAAUAUAAUAUAAGAUAUGUCUGAUAUAAGAUAUAAUAUAAUAUAUGAGUCUGUAAUGUUGUCGACAAAAAAAAAAUGUAUGCUAAUCAUGUGCAAUUUAUUUAUUGUGCGUGAUACUCUUCGGUACGUCUGAGAGCCAAAGGUAAUCUCAAAGCUUUUUAAAAACUUUGAAACUCAUUGACAUUGUCCUAUCAAUUAUAUAAUUUGUUAUCUUUUGGGGAUUGUUUAUAUCUUUAAAUAUAUUUUGUUAGAAUUACCUAUUUUCUGACUCAAAACUUAGAGAAGGAAACCGUAAAUCAUCUCUGCUGUUACAAUGAAACCAAUGAUAAUAAAUCUCAGGUAAUUCAAAUCUCUCUUUUAUAUUUCAUGGCUAAUUUUUUUAUUGGGGUUAUGCGUGAAAUAUUUAUUUUUUAAUUAUAUUUUCUGAUGUUUUAAGAUUAGUGCUAAAUGUGAUCGUUUUCUAAACGUUCUAAUGUAUUCUUUGUUCAUAUGAACAUAUUAUAAAUAUCAAUAUAUAACAUCGAAUCUUUCAUAUUAACCAUAUACAUGUAACAUAAGUAUUAUAUAGUUGUAAAUAUAAUAUCAAUUUAAUAUUAAUGUUAAUGUCCGCACAUCGGUCCACCUAGUACUACUUAUGCUAAGAAUACAACUCAAUUGAUAACCCUAAUAGGCUAAUACACACAUAAUAUAGUGUAAGCCUACUUAUACCCACUAGCCAAUCGAGUAAUGUAGUUUCACAAAAAAUAUUUCCCAAUCUCUAAAUAUGGCAAAUUCCCUAAAAAUUCUACUAAGCAAAUUACAAAACUUCUAUGACGAAAUAUCCUUUCUUCACGAUAAAUCUUCAGCUGCUUGUUCUCCAAGUGAUAUUUAGAUUGAUUCUAGCUUGGCUUUCGAUCUAGUCUCUAAAUCUUCAGCUUUACUAUAUCUCGAUCAUUCUAUUCGCUAUGAAAGAUUAUGUGGCCAAGUAUGUGUUGAAAAUAUCAAUAACAAACUGUAGUAGUAUUAUACUCCGUCACAGUCCGCUAAAAUUAUUGGGUAAUGUAUAUUGAUAGCUUGGACUAAAAUAUUUUUAAAAAAAUCCGGAUAGAAACAUUUUACAGAUCGCCAUUUAAACAAUAUCUACAGAAAAAAUACAAUAAGUGAACUCUCCUAUAAAUAACACCACAAACACAUGCCUUCUAAGUUGUCAUUGAAACACUCCACAACACACACAAUGGAACCAAAGCUGACCCAUCUUUGUUAUUGCCUUCUACUUUUUCUUCCACUACUCUCUCAAUACACCAUAGCCAAUCCUUCAUCAUCACCAAACCCUAAUCAAAGCAUCAACUUCAUCGUAUCUUCAUGCCGCACCACGCGUUACCCUAAGCUCUGCAUCAAAUGCCUCGCGGCUUUCGCCAGCAAAAUCCACCACAACGAAAAUCGGUUAGCUCGAACCGCUUUAGCCGUUACUCUAGUCAGGGUUCGGUCCACAACGGUCUAUGUAGCUAAGCUGACUAGAGCAAGAAGAAUCAAACGCAGAGAGUACUUAGCCGUGAAGGAUUGUGUUGAGAAUCUUGGAGAUGGCUUAGGGAUGUUGGUUCAGUCAAUGAGGGAAAUGAAAAAAGUGGGUCGAUCUGGUCGUAGUCGGGACGAGUUCUUGUGGCGGCUAAGUAACGUUGAAACUUGGGUUAGUGCUGCUUUAACCGAUGAGACAACGUGUCUUGAUGGGUUCGAUGGAAAGGUUAUGGAUGGUGUGGUGAAAUCGGCGAUUAGAAGAAGAGUUGUUCAUGUGGCUCGAGUUACUAGUAAUGCCUUGGCUCUUGUAAACCGGUUCGCAGCUCGGCACUAAUUAGGUUUUGUCAUUUCUUCUGGUUCUGUUUAUGUCUCUUAAUGAUAGUUUGUAUUUAUGUAUUACUGUGAUGUUUAUGCCUUUACCAUGGUGUUGAGAGAGUGAACAAUGAUGAUGAUUGGAUUUAUGGGAAAAUGGUCACAAAAUUACGACAUCUCAAAUACCAUUUGCUAACAACAUCUUAUUUUUAUACAGAGCCGCCCCAUGAAAUGUUGGAGAUUAUAAAUAUUUAAUAAAGAUUAAACACUUAAUAAACGUAAUUAACAAAAGUUUAUGGCUAUGUGUAUUACUUCUACAAAAUUUAGACGCAAAGAUCAAUGUUUCAGAGCCUUAAACCGUUGCUUAAGACCAUUUUUGGAAAUUUAUUUUUUAGUGUAUUUAUAUAGUUAUAAUAAUUUCAUAGACUAUCAUUAUAGAGUUGGAAAAAUGAUUAUUAAACAACAAGAUAUCGUUUUUGACCUCUAAAAGUUUUGGCCAACCCACAUCAUGGCGCACUGUGCCAAUAUGUAUAUGUUUGAUCCCAUUAUUAUCGUGUCAUUUUAACAAAAGGGAAGAUGCAUAAGUGGAUCAUUAAACAAUCCCACAAACAAGGGAACACAAUUGAACAAUUAAAGAAACAGAGAUAUGGAGUUCGUUCUCCUAUAGUUAGAGAACACACUGUCUUCAUCAACCAAGAAAGUGUUCUUCUAUUUUUCUUUUCCAAGUCUCCAAGUUACUCAUUGUAUUCGGAGUUGGGGUUUCUUAAUCAAACCGAUUGAGUUAGUUACUUUAGUACCUUUGAGUUUAUUACUUUAAUUAGGUUUCUGGAUUAACUGGUUCAAAUAGAUUUUUGGAUUUAAGCGAAAAAAACAUAGCAAGUGAAAUUAAACUAUAGGAUAAGCUACUCUUGCAAAUUAACAUAUAUGCCAGGAAUCGUAUAUAAUUGAAUUGUACAAACAGUUA